GGAGCGGGAGCCGCCCCUCGGCUUGGGCGGACGUUUGUCAGUCUGGACUUGACCUUGUUGGCAGCGGCAGUUUUCGCGGACUCUAAGGUGCGGCAGCGCGCUUCUCGGUUUUCUUCUGAUUUCCCCGCAGGCAGAUUUCAGAAUGACUACCAUCUUGACUUCCACUUUUAGAAACUUUUCAACUACAUCAAAAUGGGCUCUCAGAUUUUCUAUAAGACCUCUGAGCUGUUCUUCCCAACUGCAGUCUGCCCCAGCUGUCCAGACCAAGUCAAAGAAGACUUUAGCAAAACCCAAUAUGAAGAAUAUUGUGGUGGUGGAAGGGGUCCGCAUUCCAUUUCUGCUGUCAGGCACUUCGUAUAAAGACCUAAUGCCACAUGACUUGGCUAGAGCUGCACUUUCGGGUUUGUUGCAUCGGACCAAUAUUCCAAAGGAUGUUGUUGAUUAUAUCAUCUUUGGUACAGUUAUUCAGGAAGUAAAAACAAGCAAUGUGGCUAGAGAGGCUGCCCUGGGAGCUGGCUUCUCUGAUAAGACUCCAGCUCACACUGUCACCAUGGCUUGUAUCUCUUCAAACCAAGCCAUGACCACAGCUGUUGGUCUGAUAGCUUCUGGCCAGUGUGAUGUCGUCGUGGCUGGUGGUGUUGAGUUAAUGUCUGAUGUCCCUAUUCGUCAUUCAAGAAAUAUGAGGAAAAUGAUGCUUGAUCUCAAUAAAGCCAAGACCCUGGGCCAGCGCCUGUCCUUACUCAGUAAAUUCAGAUUGAAUUUUCUGUCCCCUGAGCUCCCUGCAGUGGCUGAGUUCUCCACUAAUGAGACCAUGGGCCACUCUGCAGACCGACUGGCUGCUGCCUUUGCUGUUUCUCGAAUGGAACAGGAUGAAUAUGCACUGCGUUCUCAUAGUCUGGCCAAGAAGGCACAGGAUGAAGGACACCUUUCUGAUAUUGUACCCUUCAAAGUACCAGGAAAGGACACAGUUACCAAAGAUAAUGGGAUCCGUCCUUCCUCACUGGAGCAAAUGGCCAAACUAAAACCUGCGUUCAUCAAACCCUAUGGCACAGUGACAGCUGCAAAUUCUUCUUUCCUGACUGAUGGCGCUUCUGCGAUGCUAAUCAUGUCAGAGGACAGAGCUCUGGCCAUGGGUUAUAAACCAAAGGCAUAUUUGAGGGAUUUUAUAUAUGUGUCCCAGGAUCCGAAAGAUCAGCUUUUACUCGGACCAACAUAUGCUACUCCAAAAGUUUUAGAAAAGGCAGGGUUAACCAUGAAUGAUAUCGAUGCUUUUGAAUUUCAUGAAGCCUUCUCAGGCCAGAUUUUAGCUAACUUUAAAGCCAUGGAUUCUGAUUGGUUUGCACAAAACUACAUGGGUAGGAAAACCAAGGUUGGAUCACCUCCUCUGGAGAAGUUUAAUAUCUGGGGCGGUUCACUGUCUCUGGGGCACCCUUUUGGAGCCACUGGCUGUCGGUUGGUCAUGGCAGCUGCCAACAGACUGAGGAAGGAUGGAGGCCAGUAUGCUUUAGUGGCUGCCUGUGCAGCUGGAGGACAGGGUCAUGCUAUGAUUGUGGAAGCUUACCCCAAAUGACUGCUCUAGAAGGAGGCGACUGACUGAUCUCUUCAGCACUUGCACUGGGCAAUGCCAUUUCAAUGCACUACCAAGUGAUACCUGCAGUUCCUAGCUCUUCUUAGGAAACAACAUUUGUGGCCUUCUCUUAAAUACUUUGCAGUCCAGCCUUGCCAGUGUUCGAGGUUUUCGAUAAUCACAGCUUCUGCUCUCUAAGUGCCAGACUAUUACAGAUAUUUGCGCAGUUUAAUGGCUGCUAGCCACUUGGAGAGAGGGAGGCUAGCUGAGGUUUAGAAUCAUCUUUGUAACAUUUGUAGAUUCUCCUUAUUCCUGUCUGUGUCAUAGAGAUAAUUAUUUUUUUUCUAAAAUACAAACCGAUGUGCCUAAGUUAACUUACUAUAGAAAAGAAAAUAAUCUAAAGAUCUCUUAAACCUGAAAUGCUUAGAGACAUAGAUACCAUGUUGGUUGACCUUAAUAAAGUAGACAUGUAUUAGAGGACUGUUCGUAGUCUCGUUAUUAGUGGGAAAUGGGCAGCUUUUGUAACUAUUAUAGUCAGUUGUGAAACUGCCAGGGACAUAAUAAUGUCCCACUUACGAUACACUUACAGUGUUUCCCCCAUUUCUUAAUUGAAGCAAAUUGAUUUUAUUGGAGAUGCUCCUAUUUGUCAGGGUUGAUGUAACAUUUAAGAACAUAUUUUAUUUUGACUAUAAUAAACCCCCUCAAAUUCUUGA